GGUGGUUGUGUGGGGCUGGCGGCUCUGCGUGCGUGUGAAUUUUGGAGUUGUUAUUCUGAACUACACUGGUUUUAUUUUCUUUCUCUGCCAAUACUACCUGUAGAUGAGAAAUGGCUCUUUUUGCGUGACUAUGGUAUUCAAGAGAUCUGAGCUGUGCCAGGAAACUCCUCACUGAAGCACCCUUGGAAAACUCCAGGUCCAUUUGCAGGUGUUAAACAUAGGAAUAAAUGGGCUGUGAUCUGUGUAAUCUCUUCCCAGCCAUGCUGUCAGGCAGCACCCUCCUUAAACACGGAGACAUGAGGCACACCUCUUUAUCUCUGGGCACCCAUCAACAUGAAUGCAAACAGGUGACACGUAAGCCUCUUGGCUGUGUGCUAAAAAGGUGGUGCUAGAAAAAUACUCCUGCUGGAAGUACUAUCUCCAGUGUGGCCUAACUGUUCCUUUAGCAGUGUUUGGGCAGGAGAGAGGAUUUAAAAAAACAAAACAAAAACACCCAGACCCCUCUUGCUGGUGUCUCCUGAAUUAUCACUAUGUCUGAUGGAGACUAUGAUUACCUCAUAAAAUUUCUAGCACUUGGUGAUUCUGGAGUAGGAAAGACCAGCCUUCUUUACCAAUAUACGGAUGGCAAAUUUAAUUCCAAAUUCAUCACAACGGUGGGCAUUGACUUUCGGGAAAAGAGAGUGGUGUAUAGACCCAAUGGGCCAGAUGGCAUUGGUGGCAGAGGACAGAGGAUACACCUUCAGCUCUGGGACACUGCAGGGCAGGAAAGGUUUCGUAGCUUGACAACAGCUUUCUUCAGAGAUGCCAUGGGAUUUCUUCUACUGUUUGAUCUGACAAAUGAGCAAAGCUUUCUGAACGUCAGGAACUGGAUAAGUCAGCUACAAAUGCAUGCAUAUUGUGAAAACCCUGACAUUGUAUUAUGUGGAAACAAGAGUGAUCUGGAAGACCAAAGAAUGGUGAAAGAAGAAGAGGCUAAGGAACUUGCAGAAAAAUAUGGAAUACCCUAUUUUGAAACCAGCGCAGCUAAUGGGAAUAAUGUCAGCAAAGCCAUUGAAACUCUGCUUGACCUCAUUAUGAAGCGCAUGGAACGGUGUGUGGAUAAAUCCUGGAUCCCAGAAGGGGUGGUGCGCUCCAAUGGGCACAGCUCUACAGAACAGCUGAACGAGGAGCAAGAAAAAGGCAAAUGUGGCUGUUAACUCAGUUACAGUCAACUUUCAUGUAUAGGAUAUAGUACAGUUGCAGCUUAACUGUUUAACUUACGGACAAAUCACACUGUGUCGUUACUUAAUGAGCUGUAUUAAUUCUUGAUACUAAUUUUUUGGUUUUUUCCUCUCAAACAACAUUGACCCUUGCUUGCAAGGCAUGCAGUUUUAGUGAUAGGACAGAGGUUUAAUUUGGUAUAGCACUGGAUAUUCCUUUCCAUCUCUGCUUUGGAGGCGAGGGAAGGAGAGGAAUUUUCUUUACCGAAUUUAGAAACAUCCCUCUGUAUGGGCCUUCUGAAUUGACGGAUUUUCAACCGCCCUCUGAAGACUCUGUUAUCUACACAGACUAGGCAUGCAGAUUAGUACUGUGAUAGCUCUUGCUCUCUACUAACAGCAAGCUUAUCAACAUGGCUCUUGGUUUUGAACAGAAUUACUUCAUCUUUUUCAUCAAUCAAUAACAGUCUUAAAGAGCAAAUUCCGUGUUUUCCACAAAAACCUGCAAGUGGCUUUUCCUUGCUCUCUCAAACCAUCAGUUUUUAGUGAUGAAAACCAGAAGCAAGCUAUUCUGUAUAGAACAAAAAACUAGAGAGAAGCAUAUGUAGAGCACUUUGGGUAUGUCAUGAAAUUGAACAUGUAAACUACAACUGUACUAUAUAAAAUAUAUUCAGCGCAGCCUAUGAGACCUCCUGGCGUCAUUUGAAUUUCUGGAACAUGCGUGUACAUACAGUUAGAUGUGAAUGGCAUAACUGUACCUCUGUUACGUUUCUUUUCACCACUCGUGUUUUAACAGGAAUGGAGAGCAACCUAGCUGUCAGCAAAAUUUCAUCAGAGCUAGUGCUUUGCACUGAAUUUGUUUUGCCAAACACAUAUUUGGAAUGUUUCUUCAAAUUUGGAUUGAAAAAUGAGUUAUGAUUGUCUUCUGGUGAGAUGCAGCUAAGAUACCAGUUCUAUAAAUCUAUAAUGCUCACUUUAUUCUGCCAGCCUUAGUGUCCUGUACGUCUUGGUUAUCGUAUAUUCAUUUAUGUCUUGUUAAUAUCUUUUAGGUUGUCUUUAAAAAAGAGUAGAGUUGCUUCUUCUUCCCCUCGCCCCCAUCACAUAAAUGUCAAUUUUUCGUUUCAGUGGAUCGUGUUACUUUUUGAUCAUUUUUAUUUAUUCAUACAACCUAAGGAACAAUCAGUAUUUUUGGGGUCAUUUUCCAGACUGAUUUAUAAGAAGUGCCUGCUAAACUGUUUUCUACCCUGGCAGGGGUUGUAUAACUGUAAAGUAUUGCCAAUUAAAAGUCCUAAGAUGCCAAAUAGAGUCUUGUUACAGACUUUCCAGAGCAGUUUGUUUACAAAACUCCAAAGCUAUUACUCCUUUAGAAAUGGCGUAUUUAUUUAAUUAAACAUUCUAACUACUGCAAUUUCAGGCAAGCAUUGAUACCAGUUGUGAAGAUGAACUGCAGCAUAACACAUUUUUUGAAGGACCAAAAAUGUUUCUAGAAUAGGAGCUAAUAAAAAAAAAAAAGUAAGCUUCUGAUUAUAUUAAUAAUACAAGUGAUAAAACUUGGUUCUUAAAAUAUUUUACAAAGUAAUGCAUUGUUCUUUAACAAACACAACAUGUAAAUAUUAGAUUUUUAUCACAGCCUACACAGAAUGUUUUAAAAGUGCAAUAUAAUUUGACUGCUCUAGGGCUAGCACAGAGAUGAAAGCAAUUUAUAUUGAAUAAAUACAGGAGUGUUUUUCUGCUGUACGACACCAAGACGGUAAAAUGCUUGUGGACCCGAGUUACUGUAGUUUCACUCAGAGUGCCUUCUGAAGUUACCAUCAUGUUGCUGACCAGUAGAGUAUCAAACUCUACUGUAGGACACAAUACUAAUCAAUGUACUUCAGUGUCCGGAUUUCUUUUAAUGUAACUCUGCUUUUCAGAGGGUUGCAGUGGGACUGUGUCAUGCAUUAACUUUAAUGGGAGUUUUUGUGCUUACAGCUCCAUCUAGUUCCUGAAAAUAUUACAGAUUAUUGCAAUCAACUACUGAGCUAAGUGACUACUGAAAUGGUGUAAAAAUAUUUUCUUUUGAAUACUUAUGUUUAAUUUGGAUAUUUGGAUAUUAAAUAUUAAAUACUGAAACUGUCAUAUAUUUGUCAUGCAUAUUAUAUGUAACUGUUUACUGUAUAAAGAGUGUCUACUUAAAAUUGCUUUGAUGUCAGCCUUUGAAAUGUGCCAUAAGAUUUAUCUGUUUGAAUUAUUCUGUGACAACUUUUGUUCCCUUUUUAACUCUCAUGACCAAUCAUGAUGUUUCUUGACAGUGAAUUACACUAUUCUCACUAGUCUAGCACUGUUUU